AUGGCACUGAAGCUUGCAUGGGAAAAAUGGAGCACUAAAGCUGCUACUUCAUCAGCACCUCUUGUCAUUUGUCAUGGGCUCUUUGGUUCGAAGCAAAACUGGCGAUCGCUCGCACGUGCAUUCAACACACGACUCUCCCGCGACAUUUACGCAAUAGAUCUACGCAACCAUGGUGAUAGCCCUCAUAAUGCCACCCAUACAUUCGAUGCCAUGGCCGAGGACAUACGUACCUUUUGUGCUGAUCAUGGACUUGAACGGCCUGUGCUUCUUGGACACUCCAUGGGUGGUAAAGCAGUAAUGACAACAGCACUCAAGUAUCCAUCGAUGGUAUCACAGCUUGUGGUGGUUGAUAUGCCUCCAGUGCAAUUGCCCGUUGCUCAUAGCUUUGCGAAGUAUGCUGAAGGAAUGCGAUGUGUGGAGCAAGCAAGUCCAAGUCGAUUGGCUGAAGCGAACAAGAUCCUUGCCGAGUUUGAGCCCAACGAAGGCAUUCGUCAAUUUCUCCUCACCAACUUGCGACGUGAUACCGACAACCAGCUACGAUUUCGUGUUCCUUAUGAUUUGCUCACCAAUUCAUUGUCUGACAUUGCCAGCUUCGAUGUGAAAGGCUCAUACAAAGGAUCGACUCUAUUCAUCACCGGUGGUAUCAGCCCUUAUCACCAACACUUUGUCGAUAACAAGGAUACCAUACGCUCCAUGUUUCCAAAUUCGACCUUAGAGACGAUCGAUGGUGCUGGUCAUUGGGUGCAUGCCGAUAAACCAGAAGCAUUCCUCAACCUGGUGACACAAUUUCUCAACAGCCAGCAUUGA